AUGGCUGAUUUUAGGGCCUCUUCAGAUAAGAGUACAACAGAUAUGAACAAAGUUAUUGAAGCUUUUGGUUCUUAUUUGAAGGAUGAGAGGGAAGCUCUGUCCAUGAUUUGUGCUAACAUUAAGUUGGACAACAUCGAUCUGAACUCCACCAUCACCACUCAACUUGAUAACUUAAAGCUUGAGGCAGAAGAGGCUGAAGUCAGAAAUUCAGCUUUCAUUCUCAAAAAUCAAAUGUCCUUAUUUCCUGUUUGGACUAUUCAGCAAAUUCAGAAGGAAGCCAUCGAUCUUCCAGAACUAUAUUGGCUGGGACCGAAGACAUCAUUCGAUAAUUUCAAUGAUAUAGAAUACCAGUUGGACUUUCCCCUCACCCCAAGAGCAUUUCUGUUUCGAUGCAUCCAAAAGAUUGAGAAGACUCAAAUCUCCAACAACAUGAUCAACAGAAAACUCUUCAACUUUUAUCUCAAGUAUGGAUAG